AUGGAUAAGAAGAAACAAAUGAAGAAGCGUCGUGAACAGGAAAGCGAGCAAAGAGUCAUUCGUCGAUUGACGAUUGCUAAAGAACAACAAGAUGCUGAGGAGGCAGAAGAGAAGGCGAUUCGGGAGACUGCUGCACGUAGACAAGCUACCGCCACCGGACAAGUUGAAGAAGUGGAGAAUCAGAAGGAGAAGGAUAGAGAGAUCGCCAUGAAUCGGGAACGGUAA